CCGGGCGGGUCGGCCGCGCGUACAGCGGCUGCUGGAGGAACCGAGCACAGCGGGCGCAGGCCCGGGUGGGGACUGCACGGGAGCGCCAAGCCGAGGGCCAGGAGCCGUUCCUGCGCGGCCGUCUCAUUCCCAGACGGGUCGCUGGCCCUCCUGGUUCGCCUCCGCCGCUUUGCGCCGCCGAGAGCCGGGAGCCGCCGGGAACCCAGCACCUGCGCCCGCAUCCGGGAGGGCCUCCCCAGCCUGCGUCCGGGAGCUAGGACUGCAGAGGGGCCCACCAUGGUGUUUCCGGGACCCCUGGCUGUGACCCUGUUGCCGCCCAGCCUCACACUGCUGGUGUUCCACCUCUCCAGCUCCCAGGAUGUCACCAGCGACCCUGGCAGUGAGCAGCAGCUGUGCACCUUGAGGGAACACCCCAUCGUGGCCUUUGCAGAUCUGAAGCCAUGGGUCUCUAAUUUCACCUUCCCUGGAGCCCGAGAUUUCUCCCAGCUCGCUCUGGAUCCCUCCAGGAACCAGCUCAUCGUGGGAGCUAGGAACUACCUCUUCAGACUCAGCCUUGCCAAUGUCUCCCUCCUUCAGGCCACAGAGUGGGCCUCCAACGAGGACACGCGCCACUCCUGCCAGAGCAAAGGGAAGACUGAGGAGGAGUGUCAGAACUACGUGCGAGUCCUGAUUGUCGCUGGCCGGAAAGUGUUCAUGUGUGGGACCAAUGCCUUCUCCCCAGUGUGCUCUACUAGACAGGUGGGGAACCUCAGCCGGACUAUGGAGAAGAUCAAUGGUGUGGCCCGCUGCCCCUACGACCCGCGCCACAACUCCACAGCUGUCAUCUCCUCCCAGGGGGAGCUCUACGCUGCCACGGUCAUCGACUUCUCAGGUCGGGACCCCGCCAUCUACCGCAGCCUGGGCAGCGGGCCGCCACUUCGCACUGCCCAGUACAACUCCAAGUGGCUCAAUGAGCCAAACUUCGUGGCUGCCUAUGAUAUCGGGCUGUUCGCCUACUUCUUCCUGCGGGAGAACGCGGUGGAGCAUGACUGCGGGCGCACCGUGUACUCCCGCGUGGCCCGCGUGUGCAAGAACGACGUGGGGGGCCGCUUCUUGCUGGAGGACACGUGGACCACGUUCAUGAAAGCCCGGCUCAACUGCUCCCGCCCGGGGGAGGUCCCCUUCUACUACAACGAGCUGCAGAGUGCCUUCCACCUGCCGGAGCAGGACCUCAUCUACGGGGUCUUCACCACCAACAUAAACAGCAUCGCUGCUUCUGCUGUCUGCGCCUUCAACCUCAGUGCCAUCUCCCAGGCUUUCAAUGGCCCGUUUCGCUACCAGGAGAACCCCAGGGCUGCCUGGCUCCCCAUCGCCAACCCUAUCCCCAAUUUCCAGUGCGGCACCCUGCCCGAGGUGGGCCCCAACGAGAACCUGACCGAGCGCAGCCUGCAGGACGCCCAGCGCCUGUUCCUGAUGAGCGAGGCCGUGCAGCCGGUGACCCCGGAGCCUUGUGUCACCCAGGACAGCGUGCGCUUCUCACACCUCGUGGUGGACCUUGUGCAGGCCAAGGACACGCUCUACCACGUGCUCUACAUCGGCACCGAGUCGGGCACCAUCCUGAAGGCACUGUCCACGACGAGCCGCAGCCUGCGCGGCUGCUACCUGGAGGAGCUGCACGUGCUGCCCCCCGGGCGCCGCGAGCCCCUGCGCAGCCUGCGCAUCCUGCACAGCGCGCGCGCGCUCUUCGUGGGGCUGAGCGACGGCGUGCUGCGGGUCCCGCUGGAGCGCUGCGCCGCCUACCGCAGCCAGGGGGCAUGCCUGGGGGCGCGGGACCCGUACUGCGGCUGGGAUGGGAAGCAGCAACGUUGCAGCACGCUUGAGGACAGCUCCAACAUGAGCCUCUGGACCCAGAACAUCACAGCGUGUCCUGUGCGGAACGUGACUCAGGAUGGGGGCUUUGGCCAGUGGUCACCAUGGCAACCAUGUGAGCACUUAGAUGGGGACAACUCAGGCUCUUGCCUGUGUCGGGCCCGAGCCUGCGACUCCCCCCGACCCCGCUGUGGGGGCCGCAACUGCCUGGGGCCUGCCAUCCACAUCGCCAACUGCUCCAGGAAUGGGGCGUGGACCCCGUGGUCACCGUGGGCCCUGUGCAGCACUUCCUGCGGGAUUGGCUUCCAGGUCCGCCAGCGAAGUUGCAGCAACCCAGCUCCCCGCCACGGGGGCCGCAUCUGCGUGGGCAAGAGCCGGGAGGAGCGGUUCUGUAACGAAAACACGCCUUGCCCAGUGCCCAUCUUCUGGGCAUCCUGGGGCUCCUGGAGCAAGUGCAGCAGCAACUGCGGGGGCGGCGUGCAAUCGCGGCGGCGGUCCUGUGAGAAUGGCAACUCCUGCCCGGGCUGCGGCGUGGAGUUCAAGACGUGCAACCCCGAAGGCUGCCCCGAAGUGCGGCGCAACACGCCCUGGACCCCGUGGCUGCCGGUGAACGUGACCCAGGGCGGGGCGCGGCAGGAGCAGCGCUUCCGCUUCACGUGCCGCGCGCCCAUGCCCGACCCCCACGGCCUGCAGUUCGGCAGGAGGAGGACGGAGACCAGGACCUGCCCCGCGGACGGCUCCGGAGCCUGUGACACCGACGCCCUGGUGGAGGAUCUCCUGCGCAGCGGGGGCAGCUCCCCACACACGGUGAGCGGGGACUGGGCUGUCUGGGGUCCGUGGUCGUCCUGCUCCCGGGACUGCGAGCUGGGCUUCCGCGUCCGCAAGAGAACGUGCACGAACCCGGAGCCCCGAAACGGGGGCCUGCCCUGCGUAGGCGACGCCGCCGAGUACCAGGACUGCAACCCCCAGGCUUGUCCAGUGCGGGGCGCCUGGUCCUGCUGGACCUCAUGGUCCCCAUGCUCAGCCUCCUGCGGCGGUGGCCACUAUCAGCGCACACGUUCCUGCACCAGCCCGGCGCCCUCCCCUGGCCAGGACAUCUGUCUCGGGCUGCACACGGAAGAGGCGCUGUGUGCCACGCAGGCCUGCCCAGAAGGCUGGUCGCUGUGGUCUGAGUGGAGCGUGUGCACUGAGGACGGAGCCCAAAGCCGCAGCCGGCACUGUGAGGAGCUGGUCCUAGGGCCCAGCACCUGUGCUGGAAACAGCAGCCAGAGCCGCCCCUGCCCCUACAGCGAGAUUCCCGUGAUCCUGCCUGCCUCCAGUGUGGAGGAGGCCACCGGCUGUGGAGGGUUCAGUCUCAUCCACCUGGUGGCCACGGGCGUCUCCUGCUUCCUGGGCUCUGGGCUCCUGACUUUGGCAGUUUACCUGUCCUGCCAGCGCUGCCAGCGCCAGUCCCAGGAGUCCACGCUCAUCCAUCCCGCCACCCCCAACCACCUGCACUACAAGGGUGGGGGCACCCCCAAGAACGAGAAGUACACACCCAUGGAGUUCAAGACCCUGAACAAGAAUAACCUGAUCCCUGAUGACAGAGCCAACUUCUACCCUUUGCAGCAGACCAACGUGUACACGACCACCUACUACCCUAGCCCACUGAACAAACACAGCUUCCGGCCCGAGGCCUCACCUGGACAACGGUGCUUCCCCAACAGCUGAUACCACUGUCCUGGGGACUUGGGCUCCUUGCCUCCUAAGGCACAGAGCAGAUGGAGAUGGGACAGUGGAGCCAGUUUGGUUUUCUCCUUCUGCACUAGGCCAAGAACUUGCUGCCUUGCCUUGUGGGGAGUCCCAUCCGGCUUCAGAGAGCUCUGGCUGGCGGUGACCAUGGGGCAGAGGGCUGGCUUCAGGCUGGCACAUGGCUGCAG